AUGGCCCCAAAGAAGGAAGGCAAAAAGCCCCCCAGGAAGCCCAGAUUCCAAGAGGGUGAUCGUGUGCUGUGCUUCCAUGGGCCUUUCCUGUACAAAGCUGAGUGUAAGAAGGUGUCUGUGAGAUACAGGAAGGUGAAAUAUCAGGUCCGGUACUUGGGGGUGAAAGAAAGGGCUGCCCUCAGGGCCAGGGUUACCGAGCACGUCGCCCAGCCCCAGGGCGCUGAUGCUUGCCAGCCGAGCACCACUGACUGGGAGGACGAAUGGCUCCCCCAAAGCAAAUUGCUCAAAUACAACAAGGCCAAUCUGAGGAAACUACGAGAACUUAACAGAGCAAAGCAGGGGCAGCCUGCACGAGGGACUCUGGCUGGGCCGGUUACCCGGAAAAGGGCCUCUUCUCUGGAGACCGCAAAAGGGCCCGCGGCCUCCGCCGGCGCAGUGCAAAGAGCCCCAACUACCCAAAGGAGAAUUACUCAAAUUCGAGAGGCUCCCAGUACCAGUGGCGCACCGGCUCGGGGAAGAGGGCGGCCACCGCGGCGUCAGUGUGGGGACCUGAUGCUGCCUCGGAAAAGACUGGGCCGGGGCGCCUAUGCUGCUUGUAGCGACAUGAGCAAACCCGAUCUAGGAUUCCUCCAAAAUGCCCAAACUAAAGUGCGUAUUCCUGAGAAACUGAAACCAUGGCUUUUGGAUGACUGGGACAUGGUGGUCCGACAAAGCCAGCUGUUUCGUCUCCCUGCAAAGAAGAACGUGGACUCAAUUCUGGAGGACUAUGAACGUUUGGAGAGACUCUCUGGAAAUGCAAGUGAUACGUGGCUGCGGGAUGUUAGGGACUCUGUGGCGGGAAUCAAGGCCUAUUUCGAUGUUAUGCUGGGUUCUCAACUGCUCUACAGAUUCGAGAGAGCCCAGUACGCUGAAAUCUUGGCCAGUCUGCCUGAUGUUCCUGUGUCGCAGAUUUAUGGAGCACCCCAUCUCUUGAGAUUAUUUGUGAAAGCUGAAGAAAUGCUGAGGGAAAUACAUUUUGAGGAGCAAACUUUGGCUUUAUUGUUACAGCAUUUGCAUAGUUUCUUAGAUUACUUAGCAAAUAAUUUUGCAGCUUUGUUUAGUGCCAAUGAGUAUGACAUGGCUCCUCCUGAGUACCACCGUAAAGCAUUUUAA